UCCGGUUUGGUCUGUGGUUCCUCAGUACCAGGUUAGGUUAAAUAAGAUACUACUGCCCGCACAGGGGUAAAUGAUUCCGACCGAUGCUUUGAACAAUUUACGUAUUUAACGUGCUCUAGCGACACCUUGAACCAUUCAUUCGUCCUUCCUGACCAAGUGCACCGUCAAAGUGACCUCUAAGCUGAGCGCCGUGGACAGCCGAAGUAAAGCACACACGGGUGAUGUGGACGGAAAGAACAGAGUCGAACCCCACCACGGUUACAUUCGUCAUCUAGGCUGGCGUUACCUCGACCUACGCUGAUAGUCCUUACAAAUCUAUAAUAAUACCAACAUAGAGCGAACCGCACUGAAACGAGGGAUGUGUCUCCCAAGACGGUUCUGUGUCCGUCACACCUGUGCAGAUUCUUCAGUCUUGUAUUCCUGGAAAUCUAAAAGCCAUGCAGCAGCUCACGAAGCCACUGGAAGGAAGCAUCUCUCAUCAGGCUCACGGCUGUAACACAAUAGGGACUUCCUGAUGGUUUUUGUUGUUGCUACUGUUGUUUUUAAUGAAAAGAGACACAGCUGCCCACAACGUCAUACUCAUGUUUUGCUGUUGAACGGAAAGUGUACCAUUUAGGUUAAAAAAGAACUGGCUUAACUGUCUACAAUGAAGAGCUCAGAUUUGAAGAAGUGUUUCUGAAUGUGUGAUAACACCUAAUGAAGUUCUGUUUUUUUGGGUGGUGGGGAGGGGUUUUGUUUGUUUUUUGACCUGGCGAAGAGAGAACUGGAAUAGGAAGGCAGGCAUGAGAAGACUUCAGCUAGUACUAAAGACUGAGGAUAACUGUGAAUCUUUUGUAAUGGUCGAUUGGAUUCUGAGCUGAGUAGCAAAGAGCAACGUAUCUGUGAUGAGUGAAUGCCCAGCAGUGGACCGCCUCAGUGGGGAGGCUUUUCAGGGCUGUGGUGGGUUUGAGGAGUGGACCGCCUAUAACUCUGGACACUGGCAAGAGGCUCAGAGACAGAGUAACUGUUUUGACGACUGGAACUGCUUCCAUGGUAAUGUCAGCAAAAAUGAGGAACCAGCACACCUGUCAUCUCACGAAACAAGAACUUCUGGCCAGGAACAUAAGUGCAUGUAUGCAGGUGGAGAACGCUCACAUGAUCAACACUUGGUUUGUGUUCCACGAUUGCUUCAGCGAUGAGGAGACGGUGAAUGAUGACGACACGGUGGAGAUCUCGCCACUGUCCCAACUCAUAUAUGGGUCUGCACACACACCUUCUCGGCAGGUUGCUCUGUCAAGGGAGGCUGUCAGCCUGUGCCAUCAGAUGUUGUGUGAACUAGAGGUCCCGAGUCUCAAAGGUCCCAAACCCAACUUGCAUUCCCAAAAGCUGUUGAUCAACACACUGCAGCGUAAACACUCAGACGUGCACAAUUUACAGACCACUGAUUUCCCAGACGUGGAUUUUGAGGAGCCUGAAAGAUCCCCGGCAGCUCUUAUCCAAACUAAGCUAGUGGCGCCCACGCAGUGUCAGAACGCACCUGGAUUCUUCUACCAGAUCUCCCACCAGUGGCUCAGUCGACACAGUUUGAGACUACUGCCCCAUCAGGAGAAGAAAGAGCAGCUUCAGUGAAUUAAAUACAACAUGCAGGCAGCCUCUUUCACUGAGAUAUGGAUAUAUGCACAUCAUCAUUAGAUCUGUACUCCCUGGGAAUGCAAAAAUGGGAAUAUCAACAUGCAAAUACACUAACAUCUGCAUGGAAAUGUGGCUUGAUCUCCAGGCUUAUGCUAUUUAAAAGCUUCUUUAAGGAACAGUCUGUUACAUGGGAGUUUGGAGUUCACUGAAAGAAGAUAAAAUUUGCUUGUUGAGCUUGGUGCUCGGCCUAGUUUGUGUCCACAAAAUUGAUUACAGAACAAGUCAGGUCAGGACAUAAACUCCUUACCCAAAACAGGCCGUGAGAAAGCAUGACUGUACCACAGACGCAUAUCUAUAUGAAGAACAGUACUUUAUUAUACAUUAUUAUUGUGGUUGUUUAUUAAUAUUAUUAACAAUGUCCGGGCUCCACUUAUAUAAGCAGUAGCACUAAUACAAGUUUCCACUCUGUGCCUUUAAAUAUGGUUAUGCUGAACACACAAUAACUGAAGAAUUGUGACAGUGACUGAUCAUUUUUAAAUUAAUAAUGAGUCAAAGAUCAAAUAUACUUGAACAUGCUCUACUUUGUACUUGGAAAAAUAUUAUAUAAAGCACAAGUAAUGUUCAACACUGAUAUAAACUAUGAAGCUUU